AGGGGCUGUCCUUAACCAUUCCCCCAUCCCACUCACCACCCCCAUUUUUUUGUCUUCACCUGGUUUUUGCGGACUGAAGGGAACUAACUGCACGAAACCCAGUCAACUCAUGGACAAGAAAGAUCUUGCCCUGCUUCUGCCCCCCAGGACCCUGGAGGCCCUGGCAGACUCCUGGUUGCAGGAAGACUGCCCUGGCUUUGACUAUGCAGCCCUGGUGGCCAAAGCCGCCCCUUCCCAAGCUGUCCUCUGGGCCAAGUCCCCUGGGGUGUUGGCGGGGAGGCCGUUCUUUGAUGCUGUUUUUUCCCGGCUAGACUGCCAGGUGACCUGGUUCUUCCCUGAGGGUUCCCACCUGGUACCAGUGGCCCGGGUGGCUGAAGUCCGGGGCCCUGCGCACCGCCUGCUGCUGGGGGAGCGGGUAGCCCUCAACGCCCUGGCCCGCUGCAGCGGGGUGGCCAGUGCUGCUGCAGCUGCUGUGAAAGCAGCCCGGGCCGCGGGCUGGACCGGGCACGUGGCAGGGACCAGGAAGACCACUCCUGGCUUCCGACUGGCAGAGAAGUACGGGCUGCUGGUGGGGGGGGCAGUGGCACACCGCUACGACCUGGGGGGACUCGUGAUGGUGAAAGACAACCACGUCCUGGCGGCUGGUGGUGUGGAAGAGGCCGUCCGAGGAGCUCGGCGGGCCGCAGACUUUGCCCUGAAGCUGGAGGUGGAGUGCGGGAGCUUACAGGAGGCGCUGAAGGCGGCCCAGGCGGGCGCGGACCUGGUCCUGCUGGACAACUUCUCCCCGGAGGCGCUGCACGCCGCCGCAGCCACGGUGAAGGCCAAGUUCCCGGGCGUCGGCGUGGAGGCCAGCGGGGGCGUCACGCUGGCCAACCUGGCGCACUUCUGCGGGCCGCACGUGGACGUCAUCUCCCUGGGGGCCCUGACGCAGGCCGCCGCUGCGGUGGACUUCUCCCUCAAGCUCUCCGCGGGGGGCGAGGCCCGGACGCCCCCGCAGUGAUCGCGACGUCCAGG